CCCUCAAAAAGAUAAUGGUCCGUCUCUUAUCUGUUCUUUGGUGAAACAGAUCCUGCUGAUGACAAGCACUUCUUUCAAUAAACCCUCGUCAAGCCAAUCAUAAAUACCAGGCGCUUUGGGUAUACUGUGUCAGCGGCAUUACUCAUUAUGGCGGCGUAAAGUUCUUCAAAGAUGGCGAUCUUGCCAACUCACCAUAACAGGAAUUUUCACCCAAUUCCCGUCCACAGAUCGGGACUUAGGCUUAGAGAAAAAUAUGUUUUAUUGUUAAUAUUUAUAGCUUUUCUUCUUUUAUGUUUUGGGGCAUUCUUUUUCGUGCCUGACUUGAGAGACAGGACAUAUUUAGAGGACGCGUACAAGAGGUUUGUUGGUGCCAGAGGCGACAUUUUGCCAAUCAAGGCUCCCAAAACACCGAUUGUUAAACAAGUAGCAGCAAAUCCACAAGUCGCUGACGCUACAGAAAGUCCUAAGCUUAAAUCUGAAAUCCAUGGUGAAGGAGCGUUUGACACGCCGGUGAAAAAAAUACCAAAUGUGGCUUUGAACCACAAAGAAUUGAUAGAAAUGAUAAAGAAGGAAAAAGAGAAAUUUAUUCAAGAGAAAAAAUCCCAGGAACAUGCUGAAAAGCAAGCUAAAAUUGAGAAAUUAGUAAAUAGUUCCAAAGUCGACGAAACUGGAGCGAAGGGAAUAACUGGGGGAGAACCUCUGGACGAAAUUACAAAAGAAAGAAGAAACUUUGUUAAAAGGAUGAUGCAACAUGCAUGGACAGGAUAUGUUAACCAUGCUUGGGGUAGUAAUGAAUUACGACCAAUUAGCAAAUCAGGACACUCAGCCUCAAUAUUUGGGGCGUCAUCAUCUGGUGCUACAAUAGUUGAUGCUUUGGACACCCUUUACAUUAUGGACAUGAAGGAAGAGUUUGAACGUGCUAGGAAAUGGGUAGCUAUGUCUCUUAGCUUCAAUCAUGCAUCAGAUGUAUCUGUAUUUGAAACUACAAUUCGAUUUCUUGGUGGACUCCUGUCAGCCUAUGCAUUCAGUGGAGAGGAGGUAUUUAAGGUCAAAGCCAAGGAAGUUGGUGACAAACUCCUUCCAGCAUUCAACUCACCAACAGGAAUACCAUGGGCCAUGGUCAAUUUUGCCAGUGGCAGUGGACAUAACUGGGGGUGGGCAUCUGGUGGAUGUUCCAUUCUAGCAGAAUUUGGAACUAUGCACUUGGAGUUUGUUUAUCUGUCAAAGAUCACAGGAGACCCAAUCUAUGCUAAAAAGGUGAACAGAGUGCGAGAAGUUCUGGAUCAGAUAGACAAGCCAAAUGGAUUGUAUCCAAACUAUUUAAAUCCCAGAAGUGGGGUUUGGGGCUCACAGCAUGUUUCCCUGGGUGCCCUUGGAGACAGUUUUUAUGAGUACUUGAUCAAGUCAUGGGUUAUGAGUGGACAAACAGACAAUGUGGCCAGGAGGAUGUAUGACAAAGCUGUGGAGGCAAUAGAAAGAAUGUUGGUUAAAAGGUCUUCACCAUCCAACCUUACAUAUAUUGCGGAGUACAAGUUUGGCAGACUGGAACACAAAAUGGAUCACUUGGCAUGUUUUACCGCUGGAAUGUUUGCUCUUGGAGCUAAAGGUUCUCGAAAUGAGAAGCAUUUCAUUAAUCUUGGAGGAGAGAUUGCUAACACUUGUCAUGAAUCCUACCGCAAAACAGCUACUGGUAUUGGCCCGGAGGCAUUUAGAUUUGAGGGACCACAUGAAGCAGUAGGUCUGCGCGGUAAUGAGAGGUACUACAUACUUCGACCUGAAGUUAUCGAAGCAUACUUCUACAUGUGGCGAUACACGCAUGAUCCCAAAUAUCGAGAAUGGGCCUGGGAGGCAGCUCAGAACAUUGAGAAGUACUGUCGUGUUGGUGUAGGAUAUUGUGGAAUUAGAGAUGUUGCCAUAACAGCAGUUUCACAUGAUGAUGUCCAACAGAGUUUUUUCUUGGCAGAAACUCUGAAGUACUUGUACUUGAUAUUUUCUGAGGACAGCCUUAUUCCAUUGGACCACUGGGUCUUCAACACAGAGGCCCAUCCACUCCCUAUAAUCGGCAAAAUGCAGAGUAGAUAGUUAGGACGUCUUAAUUCUUUUAAUGUGUUUAAAAUUAAAUUACUCACAUAUAGAUUUUGGAACCUGACAUGUACAGAUUGUGCAUUUCCAGAAAACAUGCAUACUCACUCCAAGGAAGGUUUAUUGAAAUUCUAGUUGGGGGGCAGGGGGGAGGGUGGCUACAAACCAAACUUUUAAAAGAAACUAUGUUGCUAAACUGGAAUUUCCAGGGGGGUGGGGUAGGGGUUCAAACUUAAAAACCUUCCAGGGAGGGGUAUGGAUAUUUUCUGGAACAACACAUUAGCUUACAUUUCCAGGUUCUGUAGGUUUAGUAAUAUUCAUACAACUUAAAAUGUACAGGUUAUUUCAAUAUAAGUAAUAUAACUACUCUGCUCAUGAUAAUAUUUGGAUUCUAACAAGGUAAGAGAUGUUUGCAUUCUUCCUGUACAUUUUUCAAUGCACCAUUACAAGACAAUAUCCAGUGAUUUAUGUAAUCAAACUUGGAACUGUUUUUUAAGUCUGGUCCAGAUUUGCAAGAUAAGUAUAAGUAAACUGAGCACAGGGGUGUUCCUGCACUUGCAAUAAGCAUGGGCACAAGUCAAUUUUAGCCUGUCUGGGCGGGCUUUAUUAUUUUUUUUCAGAACAAAUGGAUAGGUUGCAAACCAAACCAGGAGGAGAAUAGGAAGAGCAUGAAAGAAAGUUCUGUAUGCUCCAGGGCAGAUCUAGGAGGAGGGUGCACGGGGUGUGCACCCCCCUGAGUUGAAGCCUUCUUCGUGUUCACUUUUAAAAUUUGUUUACCUCACCAGUCAGUUAUGCCAUUCCUUAGUGGUGCACCCCUCCUAAGAAAAAUCCUGGAUCCACCCCUGUGCUCUCCCCAUAUUCUGCAUUGCUUUCCAGCAUAAUUAUGUUCAUUUGAGCAUUUGAGCAUAAUUAUGUUCAUUUGAGCCUUAACAAGCUUAAUGAACCUUCAAUCAAUCAACUUCAAGGAUAUACACAUGCACAGUCCUCACUAACAAUAAUGCAGCAUGGAAGUCUAUUAUGUCAGAGGACAUCUAGGGACAAAAGCAUUGCUGAAAGGUGUUGCAACAUGCUUGUCAUUACACUUGUUUCGCUUGGGUUUGCUUUGAUGACACAAGGAAGAUGAGCUCAAGAAAAUGGAACUUUUUUCCUUAUUCUUGUGCUUAUUUCUCCUUGGUGUGCACUUUGGGUUUUCUUGUGCUCAUUCUUGUACUUAUCCAAUAGCUUUUAUCUAAUCCAUGAUCAUGUAAAAUGUGUCACAAUACUAGUCAAACACAGUGCGUCAGUUAUUGGCCUGAAAUGACCAUUAGAGAACUACUUUGGAGGUUUUAAACCAAUGAAGCUCAAACUAUACGACACAACAGAUAUUGCGAGUCCAAACAAUCACCACAACAUCCAACGAUCACCUUUGUUUUAGUUUUCAGUUAUGAAAAUUCUUAGUUAAUUGUGCAAUAGAUAUAAAGAUCUAAAUUUUGAAGUAGUUUCCUAAUGAUUGUCUCAAGCCUUCACCUCAACCAAAGUGAGCCAAGGAUCUAAUGUUAUUAAUCCAGAGUUAAUAUUUGGAGUAAAUAUGUAAAAAGCAUCAAAAGAAAAGACCCUGAGUUGUGAGAAACAUUAGGAACAAAAUGGUUAACCCAAGUGGUCUCACCAAUAUGUUCCUGAAGAUCAUCACCAAGUUCAGGUCUAUCCAAAAUUAUCAAACAGCACCUCUUCUGCAAGUUGCCUUAAAAGAAGUUGUUUAUUGACCAAGGUGAAGGUGCCAAUGGUGGAUAUCUUAAUCUCUUGGUCUUAAAAUCUCCCAUGGUUUUCAUGGGUAAAGUUGAAAUUUUAUCUGCUCUAGGAGACACUCAAAGAAAGAACUGACACCCUAAAGAAUUUUUGGGGUGUAUUUCAGGCAUGCAACAGGCCAAUUUGGGUGUUGUUUGGAGUCAUCAAAUGUAAUUAGGAUAUUUUUGGGGAUGUUCUGUUCUAGCACAUACAGUAUGUUAAGGUGUUAAGGUUGAGAUAAGCAUAUACUGGUUAAUUUUUUUUCUGUGCUUUUAUGGUCUGCAUCAUUGCCUGCUUUGUUGUGGUUUGACUUGCCUUAUUCAGGGUGUUUUAUAUUUUAAUUUGGGUUUAUUUUCCACAGAUUUAAGACUUUUUUUAGGUAUUCAAUUAUUGUGGCUUCACAUGAACUUUUUUCCUCUCAUUUACUUCUGUGGGAUCUGUGCAAGUUUAUGUCACAAUGAAUAGACAAUGUCCAAUGACUACAAAACAACUGAAAGCAUUUAUCAUGUAGUUCAUGGACAAAAAUCUCAGGGUUAUGUCAAAAUCAUGAUUCUACCUUUCAACAAUUAUUACAGUGCAUGUAUGCAUGGAGCAACAUCAGUGUAUAGUUGCUAUUUUUUUAACAUAUUAACUAAUUUUAAGAAAUUGUCAUCAAAUCAAAGAUCACCUUAGAGUAAUAGCUUUCUAUGUUAGAAAACCAUUAAAGUAGGAAUAAGGAUAAUUUGUCAAGUUGAAGAAAAUCAAGACAUGUUGCUAAAUAUGGCGAGACCGAUGACCUUAGAAAUUUAAAAGGGGAAACUGGUGUUAAUUGUGACAAUGCUCCUUCUAUGAUAAUGUUUUUGCACCAGCUUUGGUAAAUCCCUUUGACACCACCCUGGGCAGCUUGGGUGUAUUUUUUUAUAGUAAGAGUGAUAAGGGUGGGGUUUUUGUGGGUCAUUAUUUUGUUUAUUACUUGUAUGCUAAUUGCAAAUUCAUCCUGGGUCACCAUACUAAUACAUGAUCACAAACAGAUGUUCAGAAACAUUUCAGACUUCAAACAGGUUCUCUUCCCUUCACAUUUUAUUGGGCAACAAGUCAAAAAUUCAAUACAAGCAUAUGACUAUAACAGAGCUACGCUACAUGCAGUCCAUGUUUUACUUAGUUCUGCAGCUUGUCGUUUCAUGUUAAGCAGUUAGGAAGGCAUUCUAUACCAUUCUCUCAGAAACCUCUCAUAAGAAAGCACUCUAAAAGGCUUAGUUCUGUAACUUGUUAAAAGCAGCUAGUAAGAGCUGUUGACACAAUGACAGUGUAAGCAAAUAGAAUUCUCAAGUGAUUUUCCUUUCUUUUUUCGUAGUGUUUCCUAAAAGAAAUAGAAAACAUGUUCUUUGUAUUCCAUGAUGCAAUGAUCUCUAUUAAAUUUUCAAAUUAAAAUCUUGUGACCCAGUAUUUUUACUUAUUGUGUUAUAUUACUAGCCAAGAUUAUUUUUAUCUAUCAUGCAUGCUAUUUAUGUUUUGGUCAUAGAACAAAUAACAGGUUCACACAAAAAUGUCUACUUAUUUUCUAACUGUUUCUCUUAUACGAAGUACACACUUUGACCAUGUUUUGCAUUGCUCUAUUCCACAUCUUUGGAUUAAAUUACGGUAUGUACUUGAUGGUAUUAGGCUAAUGAUACUUAAUGACUGGGUGGUGGGGCAGGCCUCUUAAAAGCAAUGCAAACGUUUAUUUUAAAAUCAUGGAAGUGGCAGUGAAAGGCCAGAAUUUAAUUGAAUAAUUAAUGAAUUAAAUAGUGAAGCAGUUUUCAAUUGAGUGUCAUAAAACCAAAACCAAAGUCAUCACUCCAGUCAAAAUAACAUACAAUCCAAUGAACCAAUCAAAACUCAACAUAAAUACCUGUAGCUGACCUGAAGUGCAGGUAAACUUGCACAUAGAAGUCACAAUAAUCAGAAGUAAAAAGUAAAACCAAAGAGUAAAACCAAUCAGAAGUAAAAUCAAAACCAAUUAUUGGUUUUGGUUUUACUUCUGAUUGGAUGAAAAAGUGUCAGGAGUUUUUUAGCCAAUUGUGCAGCGUAGUAAUGUAAAACCAAUAACUUUAACGCUCAAGUGAAAACUGCUCUUAGUCAUAUUUUAAAUACUCUCCAAUUUUGAAAGGUUGCUUAGAUGCUUAGGCUCCACCAUUCCUAAAUCAAAUUGUCUUGAAUGUUUGGGCCCAACCAUGCAGUGACUAUUUGUUUGCUUUAGAACAAAUAUAUGGUCUCUUCAACUUGCAAGAACUGUGUUCUUUGUCUGGCAUCACCUUAAUCCACACAAUACACAGAAUGAUAACGAAGUGAGAGAAAAAUUUAUAGCCUCAUAACAAAUGCUGAGACUAUGGUCUUUUAUAAUACAUUUUACUUAAUGCACGGUUGUGUACAUAUUAUCAGCAAGUGUACUUUGUACUUUUUGGAAGGCUUCUUCUAUGUAUAAGCUCAGGAGACACUAAAUAUUUCGGGUAACAUAAUUAGUCUUCAUAUCGUGGAGUAUUAGUUCAUAAUCAUUCAUAUCUGUUUUACUUCCUACACUUCACCCUAAAUCCAUUGUGUCAUGUUAAAGAUUUUUUUUUCCUUUGGUUACAUGCUAAGUGGAAGGAGUAGUGAGAAUAAAACAACAAAAACAGGAA